GACUAUAGGGUUUUUACUUUUUGUCGAAAGGCUGUGGCAAAUGUAAUUUUCAAUUCCAAUAAAACAAACAUAGCAGUACUAAGUAACAAACGCUAUACAGAAAGGUUAACAGAUCUUUGCAUUUGCAUCGUCGAUAGGAGAAGGAAGAGUUUGAGAAUGGGAGAUGCUUCAGACUCAUUUUUUAGGAAGCACUGGGAAGGAUACAAGGAGUUUUGGGGAGAAAGAUUUUCUUUUCUUGAGAAUUAUUCAAGGUUCAUCAAGCGCGAUAAGCCUCUUCCCUCUUGGUCUGCUUCUGAUGUUGAAGAGUUUAUUGCGUCAGAUCCCAUUAAUGGCCCCGUUCUGAAGAGUGCUAGAGAAGCAGCAAAAUUUGGUCUUGUAGGAAGUUUUAUUGGAGCAGUGUCAACUGCUGGUGUUACCUGGAAAUAUUCAAGGAGUUUACAUGGAGCUGGGCUUUCCUUUCUAGCUGGAGGUGUUUUUGGUUGGACGUUUGGGCAGGAAGUUGCAAAUCACUGGCUGCAGCUUUACAGGUUGGAUACCUUGGCUGCACAAGUUAAGUUCAUGGAGUGGUGGGAGAAGAAAAGUGAAGGGCAUUAAGUUUGUGCUGAAUGCUGUGCUAAUGAGACCUGUCAAAAUUUCUGCAUUAAUAAUGAAAUGCUCCCAUGUUAAAAAUGUAAUGGUUGUUGGAUUUACUUCGGUUUUGUGCUAGAAUCCUCAAAAAUUUUGAUGGGAUCCACAAUCGUUUGUUCUUUAUUGGGAUGCGAAACUGAUGACUGCAGUUUGCUAGCAGUUUAUGCUAUUGAUGGUGAUAAUGGUUUUUUUUGUUGUUGUGUACGUCGUGAGUAUCCUGAGGUUCAAAUUUGUACAGACUAGUCUCUAUAAAAAUUGCUGCAACUUCGAGUUUGAUUCA